AUGGAUGGCAAACGUGCUCUAGAAUAUUUUUCAACGUACAGUCGUGCAAGUCUUGGAAUGCUAGGCGUAUGGCCCGAGCCUACACGUAAAAACAAAACUUUAGCAAAAUUUUUCUUCGUCCUAACAUUUGGAUUUACAUUCUUUAGUGUGGUUUUACCCCAAGCCAUAAGAUUGAUACAAAUCUGGGGUAAUCUGGACCUCAUCAGUCAAAUCCUCUCUACUGCAGAACUACCAUUCACAGUUGCUCUAAUCAAGAUGAUUGUCUUGCUAUACAAUAAAGAAAAAAUGUCAAAUCUUCUUCUAUCGUUCAUCAACGAAUGGGAUAAAAUAGUGAAUAGUGAACAAUUAAAUAUUAUGUUGAAGGCGGGAAAAUCGGGAAGAAAAUUAUCGUUUCUAUGCAUUUUUAUGGGACUAUUGACGGUACAUGCUCGAAUUCCACAGAUUAUAUUUAUCAAUUUUGACACGUGGAGAAGAAAUGAUGAUGAGGAUAAAAAUUUUACAUUGUAUAUUGAAGCCUAUUUUCCGUACAAUUGGAAAUAUUCGCCAAUUUUUGAAAUAACUUGUUUCAUCGAGUACGUUGGCACAUUUUUAGCAACGGUUGCAUACACCGGAACUGAUGGUUUCUUCAGUCAAAUUGCCUUUCAUCUCUCUGGACAAUAUCAUAUUUUACGACUAAGACUUUUGGAUCUUGUCAAUAAAACAGAAAACAUAAAAUCUUGGACUCAUUUUGAUAAUCAACUGAGGGGCAUCAUUCAAGUUCAUGAACAUAUUAACAGAUGCAUUCACAUCCUAGAAAACACAUUUAAUAUCAUGUUCGUCGCGCAAUUAUUGGCCUGUAGUCUUCAGUUUUGUGUACAAGGAUAUGUUCUUAUUUUGUACUCGACGAGGGAAAAUUCAAAAUCCAUGUUGUUUGAUGUCCUAUUUAUCGUAACUUAUCUUAUUUAUCAAAUUGGAAAUUUAUACAUUUAUUGCUACAUGGCGGAAAUGUUACAAAUUGAGAGUUUCGAAUUUGCCCAAGCUGCCUACAACUGCCAUUGGUAUAAAUUGCCUUUGAAAAAGGCGAAAUUUCUUCUAUUCAUUAUGCAACGUGGCAGAAAACCAGUCGCCAUAACUGCCGGCAAAUUUUGUGUUCUCAAUUUGGCAUUAUUCGGAAGGAUUCUUCGAACCUCAAUGGGAUAUUUAUCAGUACUAAUAACAAUGAAUAAUCGAAAUUAAAUGAUUCAAAAAAAUUUAAUUAUGGAAUAU